AUAUAGGAAUUUGGAAUUUCAAACAACCUUUUUCCGAGAAACCAAAAAAACCCCAUAUCGUCAGGCGGUCAGAUGCAAAUCCAUAUAAAUAGGGGAGCUGGAGCGCCAAAACUUUAGUAGAUUCCACGAGCUGAUCGUACAAGAAAUGUAUAAGCUCACACCCAUUCUGGUCAUCAGUUUAAUUGCUGUACAUCUAAAUGGAUCCCUGGCAGGACCGGGGGACAUUCAAAGUCCUCGACGUCAGUCACAGGACUUGGAAACCAGCUGCAGUGCUUUCUUCUUCUCCAGGCUGCGACCAGUAAUGGAUUUAUUGGCUGAGCACCAGGAAAGUGUAAACCAAACACGUGCUGAGCAGCGUGAAAUGCAAAUCCAGUUGGCAUCCGUACAAGAAGCUAUUACCAGCGUUAAGGCCUCUCUGGCAUCUAUGCAGACCCAGAUGGACACCGAUCUCUCUGCCCUGAAGGAGACACAACAGGCAGAAGCCAGGGAUAAAAGGUGGCAGGGGAUCGAAGAGUCUUUAAAGGACACAAUCUCAAGUACACUGCAAAGUGUACAGAUCAACUUGGAAGGGCAGUUGAAAAACAUUAUGCACAAUUUCAGAUUAAGUAUGAACUAUCGAAAAAUCAAUUCAAAAUAUUUCUACAUCAGCGAUACUGAGAAAACUUGGAGUGAUGCUGAAAAGUAUUGUGUAGACAAGGGGGGACAUUUGGCGACGUUCGAAAGUGAAGAGGAGCUGAUCGCCAUUAGCUCGAUGCUCAAUCGUGGUAGCCGAUACUGGUUGGGCGUCAGUGAUAAGGACAAAUGGGGGGAGUUUGUAAGUGUAGCCUCCGGCAAGAAAGUUUCUUAUCUAAAGUGGAGUCCCGGUGAACCCGAUUAUUGGAACGAGCUAAUGCACUGCGUUGUCUUGUUUGAGGGUGCCAUGAGGAUGAACGAAUGUAACCAUUCAAGACCUAUAAUUUGUCAAGCAGACGACAUGUAAAAAUAAAAGCAAUAUAUCAGAUUAACUGAUGUCAAUA